AUGGAGAUUAACGUUCCAAACUUGAAUGUGGAAGAGCUGGCGGCGUACGCUGCUGCCAAGAACCAGGCAGGAAAGGAGGCAGCAAUUAGGCCAACAAUUGAAGCGGUCGCCAAACGAUCGGCCGUCGUGGGAGGAAAGGGCUCACCAAGGCAAGGAGGCUCGCCAAAGGCCAACCAGGAUGCCAUGGCCCAGAUGAUGGAGCUGAUGAAUCGGUUAACAGCCCAGAACCAGGUGCUAACGGAACGGCUCGUGGCACUCGAGCGUGACCAAGCUGAGGGGCGUUCAGAGUCGUCCCAUAGAGCCUUCACGCCUCCCCUAGCAGCAGCCGCAAUCGCCAAGCCAGCUGCGCGCAGGAACAAGUUCCCGCACCUAGAACCAUUUAAUAGAGAUCGAACAAAGAACUUCGAGCCUCGCUCAGAUCGAGCAAUACAGAACCAGAGUAAACGCCACAUUGAAGACCUCUAG